CUCACCGAGAUCGGCAGCACAAAGCAGAGUCGCUCUCUCACCAGCCUCCAGACACACACGCACCACGCCACACUGCACACACACGCUCAGACGCUCCACGCACUCACUUUCAGCGCCGCCCGUGGAGCUGGAGAAAAAAGAGAGAGGAAGGAAAGGAGGAGAGAAGACAAGAGCACCGGAGAAAGGACGAGAAGAAGUAAAAGAAGAAGAGAAAAAAGACUGUGGAGAGGAAGAAGGGACAAACUUUAGAUCAAACUUCAUCAGGUUGUCCAAUUGGGGGGCUCCCUCCCUGCUGACUGAUAACAAGCACAGCGUACUGGUCUGGGAGCUUCAUGAGUGUGUGCUCAUAACCAUCACUCCACCUCUGUGUGUGCGUGUGGCACCAUGCUGUGGACAGUGCUGCUAGCACUGCUGGUGCUUCUGCUGCUGCAGACUCAGCUGUCUGUGUGCUUAAGGGAAUUACGCACUGGGGGUUCCAGUUCUUCCCCUCCAUCAUCCUCUUCCUCCUCUUACAAUGCUACCCAGCAGCGGCUGCCGGGAGCUAUUAUCAUCGGCGUGCGGAAAGGUGGCACCAGAGCCCUGCUCGAGAUGCUCAACCUGCACCCAGAUGUGGAAGUGGCAAAGGCUGAGGUGCACUAUUUCAACGUGGAGGAGCACUACCGAAGAGGUGUGGCCUGGUACCGAGCUCAGAUGCCUUUCACCCUCCCAGGUCAGCUGACAGUGGAAAAGACCCCAGGCUACUUUGCAGCUCCUCAGGUUCCCGCACGAGUGUGGGACAUGAACCCCGCUGUCCGUCUGCUGCUCAUCGUCCGGGACCCGGCCGAGAGGCUGAUCUCUGACUACACCCAGGUUCUGCACAACCGCCUGACACGUCAGAAGCCCUACCAGCCCCUAGAGGAGCUCCUGCUCUACAAGGGCCACAUUGAUCCUGGAUACAAGGCCCUGCAGAGGAGCCUCUAUCACCAGCACCUCGCCCGCUGGCUGGAGGUCUUCCCCAGGGAGCAGAUCCACGUGGUGGACGGAGAUGCCCUUAUUCAGGAUCCCUUCCCUGAGCUGAGAAAGGCAGAGAGGUUCCUGGACCUGCCCCCCAGGAUCAACCCGAGCAACUUCUACUACAACGCCACCAAGGGCUUCUACUGCCUCCUGUCGGCCGGACAUGACAAGUGCCUGGACGAGUCCAAAGGCAGGCCACACGCUCCACUGAGCAGCCAAGCCUUGAAGAAGCUUUGUCGGUACUUCAGAAAGCCCAACAAGUUAUUCUUUGAAAUGGUGGGGAGGUCGUUCUCCUGGUGCUGAGUCACUGUGAAGAGGAGCAGAGGAGCUAAAGAACAGUGCUGACACAUUCAGGGACACAGACGGAGAAAGAAAGCUGUGCUUUUAGAUGAGUGGGAACAUUUUAGUUCAAAUACAGUUUUUGUUGAUACCUUCUCAGGUAUAAAUGUGGCCAACACGUGCAGCACACGCAGAGAACCUGCGGCCGACGUAAACCUUUACCGUGACCACGUUGGUGCCUCCGGGGAAAACCGCACUUCCACAAACAGCCGUGCCAAACACAAGUGUGGAGCUGAAAGUACUGCCUGUUAGUUCUUAUGUGUGGGCCUUUAAAAUAACGUGAAGACUCUGAUGUGAUGUAGAAAUAGACGAGCGGUUAAAAGACGGUUGCAUUGAUUCAUUGUUGCACUAUGAACUCUAAUUGCAUAAAAGGUCAAUCAAGGUUCAACAGGAAAUGACUUGAUUUGAUUUUUCUGAGCAGCUGUAAAACUUUUGUGUUAGUAAACAUUUUAGUCCUCAUGGUGACUUUUUGCUGUUUUCCUGAUCACAUGCUGUUUGAGAGGCUCACUGAAAACUUGUUCUGCUUUCUUUUUAUGCUUAAGGCCAGCAUCGUGCUAUCGCUAGUUUGUGUUAUUUUUUUUUUAAAAAUGCCCUUCUAAUAAACGUCUUCAGUCCUGCA